AUGAAAGAGAUAAAGAUCAAGCUCCAGGACGAACUGGAUGUGGAUGACGACUGCUUCGAAGAAGUCAUCGCGAAAGUCAAUUUCUACACAUGGAUAGAAUUUAAACUUUCCCACUUCGAGAAGGCCAGAGAUCACAACGAGAGGGCUCUCAAACUGUCAUCGUGGUCGAACAUCACGUCACUGGUAAACCACGCCUUUAUCACUCGGAGAGAUGGCGAUGAAACCGGUGCCGAGAAAUCUUUAGAUAAAGCCGAAAAACUGAGAAAAGGCCGUGGAGGGGACAGGCUGAUGACGGAUGUUGAAGCUGAACUCGCGUAUUCAUACAGCAGGCUGAACGGCCCUGAAAAUCUAAGCCGCGCCAUUGAGAUAUACGCGCGGGUUGUUGAACGGCAACCCGAAAUUUACGCGUGGAAAUACAGAUUUGGUCUUGCCCACCGCCGAGCCACACACGGCAAUAUG